AUGGCACUCGGACCCAGCGACGAAAAGGUCAGCGGUGACUCGCCGUCGCCUUCGCUGGAGAAUCGCGAAGGCGUUGAUCCAGAACGCCCUGGCGGCAGCGUCGACGACAUCUACGCUGAUGGCAUUGAGGUCCAAUGUCCACCGCACACGACAGAGCGCAAGCUCGUGACCAAGAUUGACUUUCAUGUCGUGCCGUUUCUCUGCAUCAUGUAUCUCCUCGCCUUUCUUGACCGAGUCAACAUUGCCAAUGCCAACGUAUUUGGCCUGUCCGACGAGCUUGAGUUGGAUGGUACCCUCUACAACAAUGCGCUGGUCGUCUUCUUCGUACCAUACAUCCUUUUUGAGAUCCCAUCCAACAUCCUGCUGAAGAAAUUCCGACCCCACGUCUGGUUGAGCAUCAACAUGUUCCUCUUCGGCUUCACCACCAUGAUGCAAGGUCUCGUCAAGAACUACAGUGGAUUGAUCGCGACCCGAUUUUUCCUUGGCGUAUUCGAAACUGGAAUGUUCCCAGGAGCUUUCUACCUCAUUGGCAUGUGGUACCGCCGCCACGAGGCCCAGCGACGAUACUCCUUCUUCUUUAACAGCACUACUCUCGCCGGUGCUUUUGGUGGCCUGCUUGCCGCCGCGAUCGGCAAGAUGGACGGAUUGAGAGGUUACCAGGGCUGGCGCUGGAUCUUCAUCAUAGAAGGCGGCCUCACGGUUUUCGUCAGCUUCUUUUUCUACUUCUUGCUGCCUGACUUCCCCGAGGAAACCAAGUGGCUCACGCCAGAAGAGAAGGUCUACGUUUCUGCGCGUCUCCAGGCAGACCAAGGCCGCUCCAGCGUUGAAAGGAGCAUUACGAUCAAGGACGUCGGCAACAUUUUCAAGGAUUACAAGGUCAUCCUCGGCGGCUUCAUGUACUUUGGUCUCAUCGUCCCUGCUUACGGAUACGCCUAUUUUGCGCCGGGCAUCCUCCAGACCUACGGCUACUCUGCCAUCCAGACGCAGCUGCACAGUGUCCCUCCAUGGGCAGUGUCGUUCGGCUUCUCUAUGUGCAUCGCAUUCUUGUCGGACAAGACGAGGCAUCGAUUCGCUUUUGCCAUCGGCGCCAUCUGCGUUGCCAUUGUCGGCUUUGGAAUUCUCAUUGCCGUCCACGACAAUACGAAGCUCCAGUACGCGGCCCUGUUCCUUGUCGCAAGUGGCGCAUACACCGCGAUGCCCAUCAUUGUUUGCUGGUUCAACAUGAAUCUCGGUGGACACCAUCGGCGAUCAAUCGGCAGCGCGUGGCAGGUUGGCUUUGGCAACAUUGGCGGUAUCAUCGCCGUGUUCGCGUUUCUCAAGAAGGAUGGGCCCAAGUACAUUCCUGGCUAUUCAAUCUGCAUCGCAUUUACGAUUGUAUCGAUCAUCGCUUGCAUCCUGUAUGGUUUCGCCUGCUGGAGGGAGAAUAAGAAGCGGGAUGAGAGCACCCCGGACCCGAACCUGACAGAAGAGCAGAAAGCAGACCUGGGAGAUCUGUCGCCGACCUACAGAUAUCUUCUGUAA